AUGGCGACCACGCGGACGAACGCGCUCACGACGGCGAUGACGGCGACGGCGAUGACGAGGAUGAAGACGACGACGUUCUUAGCGUCGGUGGUGGUGGUGGAGGUGGUGGAGGAGGAAGCAGUCGAGGAAGAAACGCAAUCAUCAUCCGCGAGCUCGGGCAAGGAGGCGGUGGUGGCGGCGGUGGUGGCGGCGGCGGCGCUUUCAGUUUGGACGGACAGACGAAUCCCUGCAGCGGCCGCUUGCACCGCAAGGGGCUGGGAGGCUUGGCCAAGUCUCGAGCGAAGCCCGGAGCCAAGACGGACGGAGGAGCGACAGCGGAGAGCGCGCUGGAAAUGGGGACCCUUCCCAACGCGGGCGGGCUGGGGGCAGCAGCAGGAGCAGCAGCAGCAGGAGGAGCAUCAGGCAUCGGCGGCUUUCGAGAGCCGUGAAGCGGGAACCUGUCCAGUCCGGAACCAGCGCGGACCUCGCAACCGCAAGGCCAAGAAGAAAGGAGGAGGCGGAGGUGGAGGAGGAGGUGGAGGGGCAGGAGGAGGAUCGGGUGGAGCAGCAACAGCAGCAGCAGGAGCAGGAGGAGGCUCGGGAGGAGAAGAAAAGCGGCCACGGACCGCAUUCUCGGCCGAGCAACUCUCUCGUCUCAAGUCCGAGUUCCAGGCGUCUCGCUAUCUGACCGAGGCGCGGCGCCAAGCCCUCGCCCAGGAACUGCAGCUGAACGAGGCACAGAUCAAGAUCUGGUUCCAGAACAAGCGCGCCAAGCUGAAGAAGGCGAGCGGAGUGCGAAACCCGCUCGCCCUGCAGCUGAUGGCGCAGGGCCUCUACAACCACGCGGGCGAGAGGUCGCGCUCCGAUAAGACUGACAGCGAGUGAGAUCUGGGGGGGGGGGGGGGGGGCGCCUCGGGAGAGGACAUCGCAAAACUUUGGCUUCCACGUGUGCCGCGCCUGUGUGGUGCACUGCGCCGCGUGGGUUGCGUUGUGUCUGUUGCGUCUGGGUGUUUGUGGCCACGCCGUCACCCGCUUGCCCGCCUACACAUCCGGCGAUCUUUGUAUCGCGUCAAUAACACUGUGGCCUUAGACGUUCAUUAGCAGGCGACGUUUCUGAAAUUGGCACCUCGUGGUGCCUAGGCCCGUAACAUCGGCUGUUCGAUUUACGUACGCGCGCGCGUGUGUGUUUACUCUUAAGGCCGCCACACGCAGUGUCAUUGACGAUUGUGUUGAUGUGUUGUUGUUGUUGUCGUCGUCGUUUGUGCUUGUGCACCCAACUGCCAAUGCAGCAGCAGCAGCGUCGCCAAACACGUCUCAGCCGGCGAUCUGUGUCCUCUUCGCGAGGCGCCACAGAGAGGCGAGAGACGGACGGACGCGGUCACGGGCCGGUGGAUCUGAACAUAAUAAUGGGCUAUAAAUGUAUCACAACGCACACGCACGCUUGCGUGAAUACACACGCGAACACGCGCGCGCGCACACACACACACGUGGACACAUCUAAAGGCCCGUGCCCCCCGUAUAGGCUACACGGGCUAUUGGGGCAAGUGCUUUUAGCGGGCACGUGUGAACGCCAACACCGGCGCACGAGGUGGUGGGUGAACAGCGCCACGCCCGGCCGCAUUUGUCUCCCCCCCCCCACUCCGCCCCUCCCCCUCUCCAAUUCUCAUGUUUACACACCGCACCAGGUACUCGUUUAAAGCUGAGUCGACCUAGGAGAAGCCCUGCACGGGUUCAGGAUUUUCGUCACCGAUUUUGGCCGUGAGCGGGAAUCGAACUCGCAUUCCUACCUAGUUUCGCAGCGCUGCGCUAACCACGGAACUACCGCUCACCGUCAUGCGCGCGCGCACACACGAACACACGUGUGUACACACGUGUGUAAUAUGCACGUGUACUUAUCACAGGCAUACUGUAUUUACGACAAAAAACAAAGAUCCCCCGUAUAGCCUGUAACAAGACUGUUGGUGCAAGUGCUGUUAGCGAGCACCUAUGAAGGCCGGCACGGCACACGAGGGGGUGGGUGGCCAGCACCACGCCCGGCCGCCUUUGUCUCCCCAGUGGCGAUGUUUACUACACACCGCACCAGGUACUCAUUUGAGGAUGAGUCGACCUAGGGGAGGCCCAGGACCGGUUUAGAUAAUCGUCACCGGUGUUGGCCGUGAGCGGGAAUCGAACUCGGGUCGCCAGGUUCAUAGCGCAGCGUAGCGCUAACCGCUACACUACCACUCCACACACGCUGAAAACACACACACAUACCCCACUACACACACACACCACUACACACACGCGCGCGCGCGUAUAUAUGAGUGCACGUUUUCGUGUACGUAUGUCCUGUGCUCGUCUAAGUGCAAGUGCCAAACUUUUUUUUUGCUUUCACAAAAUAAUAACUCACCGGCAAUACCCGCCUCCGUGGGCAUGACCGCAAUCUUUUGCUCACGCACACAAAUGUGGGCGGGUGGGGGAGCAAUCCCUGCGAUUCAAGAGGGAUCCGGUCCGUUCCCUCCGCCCGACGAUUCCAAUUUCUGGCGUCACCGACUCUGCCACCCUCGACGGCGUUCCCGUGAGCCGGCCUUCUCUCGCGAGGCAUCGCUGUUGGCCUCCGCGUUUGUAACCCCCUGCAGAGCCGACGGUGGAAAUUCCACAUUCGUACGGCGGGGGGGGGGCGAAUCUAUCCACGCCACGACCACGGUUGACGUCCACACAAUGUGGUACCAAUUGUAUCGACCCCCGUCCCCCGUCCCCCCGAUGGAUGAUGGGUUGAACCAGCCCCACCAUCCCACGCUCGCAACCUUCCGGUUGAGAGUCUCUCGAUCUACUGCUGAGUAGGCCCCUACCCGGCCCUGCUAUUAAUAACACCCCCAUGUUGAUAAUUGGGGGGGGGGGGUGUUCUUCGACCAUACUUCCCCGUUAAUUGUCAGCGUUGAUUGGAGAGGGAGCGGAGGAGGCGGGGGGCCUUGUGACCGGUUCAGCUACCGCUCGUCCACUGGUGUUAUAUACGUGGCCCAGGAAUCGCAUGUAUAUAUAUGUACUUACAAUUAAAAAAUAGCAAGGACAGCAACAGCGUAUCUGCUGACCGCUUAAUGCAAGCGGUGGUAAGACAGGCGAACGCAGGUGACCUUUUACAUUUGACUUGUGGACGCACUACGCUCGCAACGUGGAGGCGAAAUGUGCAGCCACUGGUUUAUCUGUUGCGGCACUGCCUUAAAAACCAAAAUAUAUAUAGAGAGAGAGUACGUGUGAUUUGUUAGAGCAAUGUGGACCCUUGCUUGCGAAGCUGAGAGAGGGCCGUGCCACGUUUUGCCACGGGUUGAAGUACAAGCAGCAGGAGAACGCUGGGCAUUAUUUUCAUGACUAUGAUGGAGAGAUAUCUCCCACCAAUCCUGCACCCCGCGCGUGACCCCAGACCAGUUCAAACGUCACCAAGUCUCCCGUCAGAAAGUAACCACGUGGUUCUUAAAACACACGAGUCCCCUUCACCAGCAACUCACCAGAUAUGUUGUUGGUUUUUGUUGUUGUUGUUGUUGUUGCUGUUGCGUUUUUGUUACACGGAUGAACUCCGUUUAGCCAGUUGCCCGGCUAUUUUUUUUUCACGGGAGAGAUUCCGUGGUGGGUAAGAUCGGCCACUACUAAAACAUUGUCUCUUUUGAUGCAGAAGAGUGGUCGAGUAGUGACGUAUUUUGUUGUUGUUGUUGUCUUUUCCUUAUAACAACAGUUGCUGAACAGCAGGGGGCACAAAUAGGACAAAUAAAACACAGCAACUGCUAUCAAAGGGUGGACGUAUGUAUACGUAUAUUGAAUCGAGCAAGGUUGUGGUUAGACGAUCUUUGCGGAAUUAAAAAAAGAGAUGGGAGAAUUCCAAAGUAGCGGCAGUGCGGAGGGAGUUGUGUGACCUGAAGUGGUAGUGGUGGCGUUUGAACAACGGAAUCAGAAUCAGAGAUAUGUGUUUAUACUGCACGAGGAAUCCAAUGAGCUACACAGCUUUAUUUUUCACAAAUGUCCAGUCGGGGUCAAGGGGUCAGAACGUUUCAACAACAAACAAAUACAGAGGCACGAGAGGAGUGCAGGGUACAGGAAUGGUAAACGAAUCACGAAACAAAGUACAACAUCAAACUAAACUCUUUUAUAUUCUUGGUUCUUUCGGUAAAGUCACG